GAUUUACAAAAACCUCAGUGAGAGUGAGACUAAACGAGGAUUUAUGGUGAGAGGAACAGUUCAUCUGGAGAAAACCCAAAACCUCAACAGUCAGACUUCCUUCAAAUCGAUGCUGAGGAGUAAGUCCUUGAGAAGGGGUAAUCAGCUCACAGAUCCAAAUAUGUUCUCCAUUUCUAGUUCUGAUCCGGAACGAGGUCAAUCCAUGUUGUCUGGACGACCAGGAGAGAAUAUGGAGAGAGAAACCAACUUCGGGGGUACUCCUUCGUUUAGAGUUCAGUUCAACCAGUUGAAGAGGAAAAGAGAACGAAGUAAUCUAAUUCUGCUCGCUAUAGUCCUACUCUUCAUAUUCUCUCAUUCAUUCCGUAUACUCUUCAAGGCGAUAGAGUUGACCUUCAUCGACAACCACGUGUCCCUGGAGGUGUUUAACUUCUGUUAUGAGAAGGGUCGUUAUAUAAUCCCUCCUGCCUGGCUCUGCUUGUCUCAUGUAAACCAUCUUUUCCUUGUCCUGAACUCAGCACUUAACUUCUUCCUCUACUGUCUAGUGGGUCGCAGGUUCCGGCAAGAGCUGCAGUUGUGUAUAUGCCGGUUAAUCAGGCGGAGAAGACAAAACAUCUAAACCUGAUCCAAGAGAAACCUCAAUACUCAAGGCUUGAGGA